ACAGUCGGCGCGCGCAUGCGCUACGUGUUUGACGUAUUUUAUGUUGUCAAUUGACAGUUCAUUUCAUUCGCGUUUACAUGACGUUUAGAAAAAGUGGUUUUCGGGAUUUUUAUUUUGAAUUGAGUGUUUUAUAAUGGAAAGAAAUUCCCGCAAUCAUUCGUCGACCAUGGACCGUGACUCGAGAUUAAUUAUACGAAAAAUUCUGUUGGAUUUCCUUAUUUUGUUUUGCAUUGGAUUUAUGAUCCUUGCGUUCUACCUGUGGGGUGAUCCGUACAAGCGUGGUUUCUUCUGCGACGAUGAGUCUCUCAAGCAUCCUUACAAGGAUUCCACUGUCACUAACGUCAUGCUGUACAUCGUCGGACUUGGUGUACCUGUGUUUACGAUGGUGUUAACGGAAUGGAUACGUCUUCGGGACUACAAAGGCGGUCGAUCCCGCAACGUGCUAGGUCGAGAGCUGCCAGCCUGGCUUUGGGAGGUGUACAAAGUGGUGGGCGUGUUCCUCUUCGGCUGUGCUUGUCAGCAGCUGACAACAGAUGUCGCUAAAUACACCAUCGGGAGACUGCGACCGCAUUUCUUUAAUGUCUGCAACCCGGAUAUCGACUGUACACUGCCAGAAAACAAAUGGAGAUACAUAGAAACCUUCACAUGUCAGGAGCGGGAUCCUAAGCUGCUCAAAGAAAUGCGACUCUCCUUCCCUAGUGGACAUUCUUCCUUCUCUGCGUAUACUAUGAUUUACUUCGCGAUAUACCUACAGAAGCGUUUCACGUGGCGUGGCUCUAAGCUGCUACGACACAGUGUGCAGUUUCUUCUGCUCAUGAUGGCCUGGUACACGGUGAUGACGCGCGUCUCUGACUACAAGCACCACUGGAGCGACGUACUCGCCGGGUUUAGUAUCGGCCUCAUCUACGCCGUUGUUAUUUACGCAUUCGUGUCCGAUCUACGUAAGACAUCGAGACGUCAAACGAACGUACACAACAAUGAAUUGCACGGGAAUGGCAACACGCGUGCUGCCGGCUGGCCCGUCUGACUGCCGGCCGAGGAUCAGCCAGCGGAAGAAGAACCCUGACACCCGCCCAACGUCUCGUGGAUAUCACACGAGUACGUUGAAAUACAGGACAGAUAAGUCGGACUAUUAUUAUAUGUGUGAGAAAGUGUGCACGCCUCGAGAUACUUUGGUCUUCCUGUAUAUCUUCGUUUGGGUUAUUUACUAUCACAAAAUCGUUUAAUAGUGACUUAAGCAAGCCCUUAGUGUAGUUUUCUUGUACUAAAUCAAGCUUAAGUGACUCGCUUAUGAUCAUUAAUCAGCCUGUUCCAUGUAUAAAGUCUGCAAAUGCUUAUAAAAAAGCGUAGAAGGUAGCUAAAUAUGGAAAUAGAACUUUUUAAAAUAUUUUAACGCUUCUAGCCAUAAUAAUUGAUUGAAUUCGCAGCUUUCUAUUUUGUGUUUCCACUGCACAAAAACAUAUUUUUAUCUCUGUAUUUAUAAGGUCAAUGAGAUGGAUAGCAACAUGUUUUUGGACAGGUGUUUCGUCAGUGAAAACGCAACAUUUGAUCAUGGCAGCUCACUAUAUGUCAAAAAUUAUUUAUGAAUGAAUGAAUGGUUGUGAAGAAAUAUAUAAAUGU